AUGCUUGCUAAUGACGGUGUUAGCGUUUCAGCUGAGAACCAGUGCUACAGCUGUAUGUCGUACAUCUACGGCGCCAACUGGGAAUACCUCGACUACAGGGACAUCUACUACACACCGGCGUACUUCAGCGACCAUUGUGCGAACACGUCACAAAAAGGCGAAAUCACUGGAAAAGUGAAAUGCGCCAACAACUGCGUGCUGAUCGUCGAAACUUUACGCAUAGUGUUUCCGCAAUUGACGUACGAAUCGAAGGCCGACGCGUUGUCGGCGGGAAAGUGCUUUUUGUCAGAUGACGACGUCCUCGAUUCCGAGGCAGGAGCUCGUGGCCAUAAAGGAUAUAUCCGUGGUUGCUACGACAGCAUUUUUCGGCACGGAUUCAAUGAGGACUAUCAGGUAAUCCGAGGACUGAAAUUUCGCAAGUACUGCGUUAGGCUGAACAUGUCGAUGGUGAUGGCACGGAAAGAGAAGCCACCAAACACUGAAGUGGAAGUGUGCUCUUGCGGCGACCCAAUUUGCAACGGCCACGUUGACCUGAUCUCGCAUGUCUACCGAACAACACUGUUUCUGUCGAUCUGUGCCUUGAUGCUCCUGCAGCACUAUGUCCUUAGUGCAAACUGA